AUGUGUUUCGAUGGAGUACAUAAUGUGAUAGCAGGUCUUGGACUUGCAUUUAUUGCCCUGCUUAGCGAAUGUUCCCUAUCGUUUGCCCAUAUCGAUGCAUGGACCGAGAUAUUCCAAGGCAGACCUGGUCAUCCGCAAUACCAGAAAGACCCUGUCUGGUGGGGAAAGCAGCCUGGACAAGCCGAGUCUUUGCUAAGCGCAGGCCCCAGGGAUCAUUCGCGGAUGAAGAAGAUUCUCAGUCACGGUCUGACUCAGAGGGCGCUGAAAUUGCAAGAACCUACAGUGCAGAAAUAUGUUGCUUUGUUGAUCGACAAGUUGAAAGACCAGGUAGCUGAAAGUCCAGCAGGAGCAGUGGUCGAUAUGGUGCCGUGGUUCAACUACACCACAUUCGACAUUUUUGGCGACCUUGCUUACGGCGAGUCGUUUGACUGUCUCCAACACUCAAAGUAUCAUCCAUGGAUCACAAUUUUGUUCAAAAGUGUUAAAGCUGCGUCCUUCAUCAUCGCCGCUCGUUUCUAUCCCCUCAUCGACUUCCUCCUCAUGAAAUGCAUCCCCCCUUCCCUCAAACAGAUGGCGAAAGAUCAUAUCAGUCUAAUCGAACAUAAGCAUAACAAGGAUAAAGGAGGGAUGACACUUGAAGAGAUUCAAGCGACAUUGGUAUUCCUCACAACCGCCGGAAGCGAAACUACAGCAACAGCUUUGAGUGGAACACUGAAUUACUUGGCAGCUCAUCCCGAUAAAAUGCAAAUCUUAGUUGAGGAAAUACGAGAAGCUUUCAAGAAGGAAGAGCAAAUCAAUUGCCAGACAACACAGACCCUUGAAUAUCUGAAUGCAGUUUUAAACGAAGGCUUACGACUGUGUCCACCGAUUCCAGUCAUGCUUCCAAGAGUAGUUCCGAACCAUGGCGAUACUAUCUGUGGCGCAUGGCUACCCGGAGGAACCAGCAUAUCGCUACAACAAUGGACGCUUUUCCGUGAUCCAACCUACUUUCACGAAUCUGGAUCCUUCAUUCCCGAGCGCUGGCUACCAGCGUCAACAGAGAAAGCUUCUCCUUUCUUCCAUGGCCAGCGGCAGGCCGUACAAGCUUUCAGCGUAGGACCUAGGUCGUGUAUGGGAAAGCAUUUGGCAUGGGCGGAAAUGCGUUUGAUUCUUUGCAGGAUCUUGUGGACAUUUGAUGUGGAAGCGGCAGGCAAAGCUGUGAAAUGGGAAGAUCUGAAAACCUUCUUGCUGGUAGAAAAGAUACCCAUAGAGUUCAAACCGAGGGUGAGACAUAAUUCUGUGUAAUUAGAUCGUAACAUAGGAAGAGGAGGAACCAGACGAAAGUUCAGAUUCGUGUGCUUCCUCUAUUUCCCCGCUUGCCCGCUUUCGAGAGCGCUAGU